AUGGGGGCCAUUGUGAGAUUCUCUUGUGGUCUCCUUCGUGAACACUGCCCGGAGGCCGAGCAGCAGGACCAGUGCCCGGAGGCCGAGCAGCAAGACCAGUGCCCGGAGGCCGAGCAGCAGGACCAGUGCCCGGAGGCCGAGCAGCAGGACCAGUGCCCGGAGGCCGAGCAGCAAGACCAGUGCCCGGAGGCCGAGCAGCAAGACCAGUGCCCGGAGGCCGAGCAGCAAGACCAGUGCCCGGAGGCCGAGCAGCAGGACCAGUGCCCGGAGGCCGAGCAGCAAGACCAGUGCCCGGAGGCCGAGCAGCAAGACCAGUGCCUGGAGGCCGAGCAGCAGGACCAGUGGAGGCCGAGCAGCAGGACCACAAGACCAGUGCCCGGAGGCCGAGCAGCAAGACCAGUGCCCGGAGGCCGAGCAGCAAGACCAGUGCCCGGAGGCCGAGCAGCAGGACCAGUGCCCGGAGGCCGAGCAGCAGGACCAGUGCCUGGAGGCCGAGCAGGACCAGUGCCUGGAGCCGAGCAGCAGGACCAGUGCCUGGAGGCCGAGCAGCAAGACCAGUGCCUGGAGGCCGAGCAGCAAGACCAGUGCCUGGAGGCCGAGCAGCAGGACCAGUGCCCGGAGGCCGAGCAGCAGGACCAGUGCCCGGAGGCCGAGCAGCAGGACCAGUGCCUGGAGGCCGAGCAGCAGGACCAGUGCCCGGAGGCCGAGCAGCAAGACCAGUGCCUGGAGGCCGAGCAGCAAGACCAGUGCCUGGAGGCCGAGCAGCAGGACCAGUGCCUGGAGGCCGAGCAGCAGGACCGGUGCCUGGAGGCCGAGCAGCAGGACCGGUGCCUGGAGGCCGAGCAGCACCGGUGCCUGGAGGCCGACCAGUGCCUGGAGGCCGAGCAGCUGGAGGCCGAGCAGCAGGACCGGUGCCUGGAGGCCGAGCAGCAGGACCGGUGCCUGGAGGCCGAGCAGCAGGACCAGUGCCCGGAGGCCGAGCAGCAGGACCAGUGCCUGGAGGCCGAGCGAGCAGCAGACCAGUGCCUGGAGGCCGAGCAGCAAGACCAGUGCCUGGAGGCCGAGCAGCAGGACCAGUGCCUGGAGGCCGAGCAGCAAGACCAGUGCCCGGAGGCCGAGCAGCAGGACCAGUGCCCGGAGGCCGAGCAGCAGGACCAGUGCCUGGAGGCCGAGCAGCAGGACCAGUGCCUGGAGGCCGAGCAGCAGGACCAGUGCCCGGAGGCCGAGCAGCAGGACCAGUGCCUGGAGGCCGAGCAGCAAGACCAGUGCCCGGAGGCCGAGCAGCAAGACCAGUGCCUGGAGGCCGAGCAGCAUAACUCUUGCGAAGAACCAGAGGAAAUAUCGCUAGUUAAAAGAUACUAA